AUGACUUCGGCUUCCACCAAAGUCGGCGAAAUCUUCUCCGCGGCCGGCGCCGCCUUCAGUCGCCUCGGAGAGCUCACCAUGCAGCUUCACCCUGUGGCCGAGGUCACCCCCGCCAGCGCUCACGCCAAGAGUCCGGUGAAGCGCAAGCACGAAGACGACGGCGGGUCGAAGGGCGUCCCGCACAAGCCCCCGGCGACUAAGAAAAGCGCCGCCCGGCCCGCGGCCGUCGUCGUCGUCGCCGCCGCGCAGCCGCCGGCCAAAAAGCGCAAGGCCGCAGACGUCACCCUGAGCGCCCUCAACGACUCCGACGUCAACAGCGACCUGGUGGACAUGGAGGGACUGGGACGCGGCUCCCCGUCCAAAAAACUCAACUUUGAUCAAGGUGCUCAACUAUUUCUCAACUCAAAAGCGGACAGCGACGACAAGUAA